UCAUCCGAGGAUCCACCCGCCUCGAGAUCGAAUCGUCACCGCUAACCGAUAUCACUCGGAAAAACAUAUCAGGGAUUUCCCAACCCUCCGGGGUGCCUCGCGAAGAGGACCGCGAUCGGCCCAGUGUCGACGUCGGUCACCGGGACCUGGAAUUCAUUCCAAUCCUCCGGAUCGAAAACCGACGAGGGAGAAGAUGCCCACCGAGGGGGAGACUCCGGGUACCAGGGUCUAGAAGAGGAAAAUCCGUUUUUCCGAAGUCGAACCAGGAAAGCACCCCCUGAAGCCGGCCACGCCUCCACCCCAGAAGAGAUGAGGACGGGAAGGGCCAACCUGGCCAGGUGGCUGUUCCUCCUGGGAUCGCUCCUCCUCUUGCCCUGCCAGAUCGCCUCGUCGUCCUUCGAGAAUAAAACAGGUCCGAACGAGAGCAGACCUCGAAUAUUCUCGCCGAGGAUGGACUACGACGAGUGGACCCCCCUAGGUCGAGGGGACCCCCUGAAGAACGACCCCACCUUCGACUAUGUCCCCCCUGUCCUGGACAGGGUCCAGUAUUGGCUGGACUCGCACACGACGGAGCCUUCCUCGAAACGCGACAUCCUGAUCCUGGGAGUGACGGCGAAAAAAACUAGCCCGAAGAUCCCCGACCAGUUCCUGAAAUUCGUUGACGGGCCAAAGUUCACCAGGAACCAGGAACCGUACAGAAGCGAGCCGGUAUUGCUGAGGAACGAGUACACCGGAAGUGGAGGCGCGGAACCGCCGAAACCUCUGAGGAGCACCAGCUUCAGGAACGGAGUGCAGGUGCAGGACUUCCGGAACCAGAACCGAAUUCAGCCGGUGCCUGCGAGCUAUUUCCCGAGUCCGUUUUACAGCCACAAAUCGCGACCAUACACGAUGAUGAUGCCGCCGCCGAUGGUGCCGAAGCCCCUGGAGAACCAGGUCUUCGGGUCGCAGCAUCAGCACCGAUUCGGCACCCAGACCGAGGAAGGACCCGUUCUCCAAGUUCUCCAGGAGACGCCGUCCUACCAGGCGCAGGAGAACACCUUUGCGAGGCCUCAAGGCCAUUCGAAGCCGGCGACGACCCCGAAGAGCGUCCUACCCCAGGUGGCGUUCUCCACCCAGGUGGGCCUCACCUCGGAACCGUCGACACCUUCCGUCCUCUUCGAGAAAUCGAAUUUAAUUUACCAGUCGACACAGACCUUCUCCGGCAGCGGCUGGUCGGACCCUUCUUCAGGGACCACUUCGUCGUCGGACAUCGACCACUUCUCCUGGGAGGCUGGGAAAAGGGACCAAUCCGAUCACCACGUGGCCGCCUCGUCGAGCCACGAGGUGGUCGUAGGCCAGAACGCGAAUAUCAUUGUCGACGGUGGAGGCAUGGAUAACGAAGAGGUGGUCCUGGGGCAGAAAGAGGGAGACACGAAGGAGGAGGAGGAUGCUACCACCCAGAAACCAGAAAACCAAGCUGGAACGAAGAUGCACAUUGUCAUGGCGAAUACUCCGGCGAUGGAGAUGGAGGAACAGAAGCUGAAGAGGGGGCCGGUCGCGCUGGUCAUGGCUGCGAACUACUCCACCUCGGAGAGACCCGUGGAGAUGACUUUGACUACUACCUUGAAGAAUGGUGACAUGGGGUUGGAUGGGGCGAUGACGAUCAGGGAGCAGACCACGAGUCAGGGAGGGUUGGUGGAGGGGUCUUCUGGGGGAAGGAACCCUGCGAGACCCAUGAUGGGGGGGUUGAAUGGGGUCUUCCCAGCCAGUGGAAGGAGGCCUGGAGGGUCGAAUCCUCAGGGUCCCCAUCAGUUUCCCCAUCAGGGUUCUCAUGGGAUGAACCGUCUGCCUGGACAAACCAUGAACAUCAGGCCCAGCAAUGUGCCCAAUCACAUGGGCUUCAGGGUCCCGUCUUCAGGGAUGUCCCACAUGGCUGCCCAUUUGGGCCAUGGGCAUGGUGGGGCUCAGAAUCACCAGCAGAUGAUGGGGUCUCAGACCCCUGCGCCAUUUGGAGGUCUUUCCAUGCCUCCCUCGAUGGUUCCCUCGAUGAUUCCCUCCAUGGUCCUACACCCUGAGGCCAUGGGUCAGGCCCUUCGCCCAGGACCAUCUCAAGGUUUCCUGGAUUCCAUAGAGGUCCCUACCCCCUCCACGAGUCACCACAUGGUUUCCGGUACCUUGUCCACCCCGCAAAGUAUGGAUCACCCCAGGACGCCUUCCCCCUUGGUGCAAAUCCUGAAGGAAGACGGGCCGACCAUGAAGGGACCCACUUCGCUUGCUCCUCCACUACCCACCACGACGGUUCCCAGUUUGACCACGGAUCCCAUCUUCUCCCAUUACAAACAGCCAGCAAAACCCAUUCGGGGACCCAUGUACCUUAUCAUCCAGGGCCACUCUAAAGUCAAGACCUACAAACCCUCCGUGAACAGGCAUGGGGUUCCCGUGGAGAACAACGAGAUCCCGGAGAACACCACCGAGAGGCGGCUCUCGAAGAUCGAACAGCUGAUCCUCGAGAACACCAGGGGAUCCUCCAGAGGUUCCUCUACUAGGAAACCGGAAGUCCUUGAAAAGAAGCGACAGGAGGCCAGGGGGAAACAGGGCAACCUCCUGAACCUGGUGGAGAACGGACUCGCGGCAUUCAUCCUGGCGCCUCCACCUGCGACGGAAGAGGAACGCCAAUCAAACUCUGUCACCACGGUAGAGAUCAAUAAUUAAGGGAAUCGAUGGAAUAGGUAACCUUUUAAUUUUUACUAGACUCCCGAAAUUUUCCAAAAAUAUCUUAUCAGGUGGUGGCUUUUUUAAAAUCGAGGCGAUCUUGAAUUAUCACCUCCAGUCUUCACCUGUUAAUCGAUCACCAGUGCCAAUCGAAUCCGGUCAUCACUGUAGAGAUCGACAAUUUAGGGAUCGAUAAGAUAGAUAACUCGUCUUGUUAGUAGACUUUCGGAAAAUUCCUCAAAAAAUCUAGAACUUUUUUUUUUCAAAUAAAUCCAACAUUAAAAUGUCACCUCCACUUUUGACCUCGUAAGGGAUUAGGA